UUUGCCAAAUGAAUAGUAAGACUCUCGCUCAAGCAGCAAAGUUAUCCCUUCAAAACACACUAAUUCCGUUGUUGGAUUCAUGCAAGAGCAUAAGAGAACUGAAACAAAUUCAUGCUCAAAUCAUUAAAGAAGAAGCCCUAACUCCUCAUGAAUCGUCAAUUGCAAAUUCAAAGUUGGUUUCGUUUUGUGCGAUAUCAACGAAUGGAAACUUAGAUUAUGCUAAACUUAUAUUUAACCGGCUUCGGUGUCCAACAAUUAUUACUUGGAAUUCACUUAUUAGAGGUUUAUCUUCAAGUAAAACCCCACUUGAAGCAGUUUCAGUGUACUUAAAUAUGUUACAAAAAGGUUUCCAACCUAAUAAUUAUACCUUUCCUUUUGUGAUUAAAGCUUGUACAGAGUCUUCGAUGAUCCGAUUCGGUGUUUUAGUUCAUAGCCAUGUAAUUAAGUUUGGUUUACAAUAUGAUUCUUAUAUUCAAAGUUCAUUGAUUCACAUGUAUUCCAAUGGGAAAGAUUUGAAUACUGCACAGCUGUUGUUUGAUAAAUGUUCUGACAGAGAUGUUGUUUCUUGGAAUUCUAUGAUUGAUGGGUGUGUGAAAUGUGGGUCAAUGGAACACGCUAAAGCGAUAUUUGAGCGGAUGGUUUGUAGAGAUGUGAUAUCAUGGAAUACGAUGAUUAAUGGUUAUGCAAUGUUGGGGAAUAUCGAAGAAGCAAUGAAUUUAUUUAAUGAAAUGCCCAAGAAAAAUGUGGUUUCUUGGAAUUCAAUGCUGGCAGGGUAUGUCAAAUGUGGGGAUAUUGAAGGUGCUCGCAGAAUUUUCCUUGAAAUGCCUAAAAAAGAUAUAAUUUCAUGGAACACAAUGCUGGCUUGUUUUGCACAGAGUGGGUUAUCAAAUGAAGCUCUGGUGUUAUUUGAUGAAAUGAAGAGUGUUGGUGUAAAGCCGACUGAGGCUACUGUUGUCAGCAUGUUAUCGGCAUGUGCUCAUUUAGGUGCCCUGGAUCAAGGGGAACGUUUACACAGGUACGUCAAUAGCCAAAAGAUCUCGAUUAAUACAGUUCUUGGGACAGCACUGGUAGAUAUGUAUGCCAGGUGUGGGAACAUUUCAACAGCAUCAAAAGUGUUUUGUGCUAUAGAAUACAAAGAUGUACUUGCUUGGAACACCAUAAUAUCGGGUAUGGCAAUGCAUGGGUAUGCAGAAGAAGCUGAUCGGCUUUUCAGAGAGAUGCAAGAAGGAGGAGUGAACCCAGACGAUAUGACAUUUGGAGCCAUUCUUAGUGCAUACAGUCAUGUAGGGAUGGUCGGGGAAGGUAAAAGAGUAUUAGCUUGCAUGAGUAGAAAUUACGGAAUCGAGCCAAAAGUUGAGCAUUAUGGAUGUGUUAUCGAUCUUCUUUCCCGAGCCGCACUUCUUGAGGAGGCUGUGGAGUUGAUUGAGACUAUGCCGAUGGAACCUAAUCCAAACGCAUGGGGGGCGCUUCUUGGAGGGUGCAGAAUUCACGGGAACAUCAACGUGGGGGAGCAUGUUGGAAAACACCUUCUUAGCCUCCAACCUCAUCAUAGUGGCCGGCAUGUACUGUUAUCGAACAUAUAUGCAGCUGCAAAAAGAUGGGAUGAUGCUACAGAAGUGAGAAAACUGAUGAAAACCAAAAAUGUUGUGAAAGUGCCAGGCGUGAGCACUAUAGAGUUGAAAGGGAUUGUACAUCGAUUCGUAGCAAGUGAUCAAACCCAUUCUGAUUCGAUCCGCAUUUAUGAAAAGUUGGCUGAGAUCUCUGCGCGUGUGAAGAACGCUGGUGGCUACUUACCAGAUACAAAUCAAGUGUUAUUUGACAUAGAAGAAGAAGAAAAGGAACAUGCAUUAACAAUUCAUAGUGAAAGGUUAGCAAUUGCUUUUGGGAUUUUAGAAUUGCCUCAAGAAAAUGUCAUUCGAAUUGUGAAGAAUCUUCGAGUUUGCAGAGACUGUCACGAUGUUACAAAACUGAUUUCUAAGGUUUAUAAGCGAGAGAUAAUAGUGAGGGAUCGAAACCGUUUCCACCAUUUCAAAGAAGGUAAAUGUUCUUGUAAAGAUUAUUGGUAAAAAAUUAUGCUUAAAAAAAUAAAAAUGAAACAUGUACUU